AUGGGAUAUGUCCGACCAGUUGUUUUAUUUUGACUGUGUGAUUUUAUUAUUUUAUGGACAAAUUCAAUUAGAUCUUCGAUAUCGCAGAUGAAUAUCCAUUAGUGACACGUUGAGGAAGUAGUUAAGUUCAUAUUGUUUUCAAAAUUGGCCUCAAACUGUGUAGUUUAGCGUUUAUCUGCAAGCCUUUUUGUAAACUCUACGAAGUAAUGGCGUCGAAUUCGCCAGGAACCAAAAUCUCGCGAGAAAGACUCAAAUUAGAUUUUAAGUCUGGAAUGGAUAAAAAGAAGGUGACUCUCAUUGUAAAACAACGAGAACCAGAGCCACAAAAUCUACAUUCUGCCCAAAUGGAACGUCUUAAAGCUCAUAAAGCAGUUGGAAAGCUCACAUUYGGAACUGAUGAUGUAUAUGAGUACUGUGCUGAUGAUCUUAUAGACCAUGGCGAGAUUGGCCGUGGUGCAUAUGGCACUGUAAAUAGAAUGUUCCACCCUCCAAGCAAUACUUUUAUGGCAGUGAAGAGAAUACGAUCAACAGUUGACCAAAAAGAUCAAAAGCAAUUAUUAAUGGACCUGGAUGUUGUGAUGAGAAGUAGCAAAUGUCCUCUUAUAGUCCAGUUCUAUGGUGCUCUCUUCACUGAGGGAGAUGCUUGGAUUUGUAUGGAACUAAUGGAGAUAUCAUUUGACAAGUGCUACAGACUCGUGUAUGGCACACUUAAUCAAGUUAUUCCUGAGGAUAUUCUCAGUAAAGUCGCUCUUGCUGUUGUAAAAGCCCUUGAAUACCUCAAAAAAGAACUUAAUAUCAUACAUAGGGAUGUGAAACCAUCCAAUAUUCUGCUAGACAAACAUGGAGGAAUCAAACUCUGUGAUUUUGGAAUUAGUGGACAGUUAGUUGACUCCAUUGCAAAGACAAGAGAUGCUGGUUGUAAGCCAUAUAUGGCACCAGAAAGAAUAGACCCAUCUUCCUGCAGACAAGGUUAUGAUAUUAGAUCUGAUGUCUGGAGUUUUGGAAUCACCAUGAUCGAGCUUGCGUCUGGUCAGUUCCCCUACCCUAAAUGGACCAGUAUAUUYGACCAGUUAUCCCAGGUGGUUGAGGGAGACCCACCAAGAUUAGUUAAUAGUGAAAAUAUACAACGAUCUCCUGAGUUGCUCAAUUUUGUGAAUAUCUGCCUUACUAAAGAAGUAGCAAAAAGACCAAAAUAUGAUUCACUUCUGAUCCAUCCUUUUAUUCUAAGAUAUGCUGAUGAACCUGUYGACGUGGGAUCAUGGCUGGCUGAUUUGGUGGCGCAGGCGCCAGAAGAUCAUGAGCAGUUAGACUAUWUUCAAUAAAAUACUUCUAGUAAUGCUUUUAUAGAGAACAAAGUGAUAAGCUAAAGACAAACCAUUUCCUUACUCUAUACAGUGCAUUUUCAGUCAUUCUGGUCUUCWGUUGAUGACCAAUAGCAACAUAUUUCAUAACAUGACAUUUAGUCUAUGGGUCUUCAGCAGGAUGUGGCUAAAGGGAUGAAAAUGUUUUUUCCCCUUUCUUUCUUUGUCAGCAUUUUCUCUCAACACAGCAAAGUCAAAUUAAGUAUAAUUUUGAAGGACCACAUUUCAAGGAGGCUAUGAAUAGGCCAUAAAGCAUAAUGAUUUCUAUAAAGAGGAGAAUUCAUAUCUCAMAGUUCUUGUUUCUCAUUGAAAGCCUAACUAGUAUAUGCAGUGCUUUGGGAUCUUUUACUGGUUUUUGGUUGAUUUUAUGGCAGCCAUGUUGGUUGAACUUUAGUAAAAAAAACAGUCAUAUUUGUUUAGUGUUUACCCUUUAUUCAACAUUACCAACAUGGCCGCUAGUCUUUAGUCAGCAAUACAUACAGACAGCUUGAUUAUUAGUCUCCUUCACAUCCGUUUUCGUGUCKGGMUUGAAACGGAUGUGAAGGAGACUACUUGAUUAUGGGCUGCUUUUUUGUCUAUAACAAUUUAAUUGCMAUACAUUCUUUGUAAAAAUCACUUCUGUAUCAAAGACAUCUCACUAUAUUACAAGCUCUUGCUGUCCUUGCGCAACUGUUUGUUAUUAUAGAAUUUUGAAGCUGAAGGUUGAAGGCUCAGAUAUCAGUUGUUUCAGAUUCUGAGCCCACAGCCUAGCAAAGCUUUGAUACUAAWGUCUUUGAAAUACAUGGUUUAUAUUAUAAUGUACUGUUGUAACUAAUCA